AUGCAUAUUGAGAAGAAUGUAUUGAUGAAUAUAAUUGGUACACUGCUUGACAUACCAGGGAAGAGUAAGGAUGGAUUGAGUGCUAGACUUGAUUUGGUAGAAAUGAACAUUCGACCCGAGUUGGCCCCUGUGUCCGAUGGAAGUAGAACUUACAUACCUGCAGCAUGUUAUACAUUGUCAAGAGAGGAGAAAGUCUCUAUUUGCAGAACUUUGUCUGAUCUUAAGGCUCCAGAAGGUUAUUCGUCAAAUUUCAGAAGUUUGGUAUCUUUAGAGAACCUAACGCUCUCUGGUCUUAAAUCACAUGAUUGUCAUGUUCUAAUGCAACAACUUCUCCCAAUUGCAAUACGUGGAGUUUUACCUAACAAUGUUAGAGUGGCUAUCACUAGAUUGUGUUCUUUUUUCAACGCUAUUUGCUCCAAGACUUUGCGAAUAUCAGAUUUAGAUAAAUUUCAGCAAGACGUUGUUGAAACAUUAUGUUUGCUUGAAAAGUACUUUCCACCAUCAUUUUUCACCAUUAUGGUACAUCUAUGCGUCCACCUUGUGCGAGAGGCAAAACUUUGUGGACCCAUAUACCUUCGGUGGAUGUACCCAUUCGAAAGAUAUAUGAAAGUGUUGAAAAGUUAUGUCUGUAAUAGAAAUCGUCCGGAAGGAUCGAUUGCAGAAGCACACAUAUGUGAGGAAGCUGUUGAAUUUUGUUCUGAGUUUCUAUCUGGGCUUGACCCCAUUGGACUAGGUUCAUUUAAAUCUCGAGAGGAAGGUCGGAUCGAAAGACCGUUAUCUGCUGGAUCAUCUAUUACACCUAGUCAAGUUGUACUAAAACAAGCCCAUCUACACAUACUAGAAAACAUUGAAGAAGUUCAUCCAUACAGAGAACGACAUAUGGAAAUCUUGAAAUCUUCCAACCCACGAAGGGCAAGAAAUGAGAAAUGGUUGCGAGAUGAGCACAAUAGAUCAUUUCCUAACUGGAUACGAGAUGAGGUCAUGCAUGAAAUCCAGGAAGGUCAAGUCGUGAGCACGACAAUCAGAUGGAUUGCACAUGGCCCACAUCCCGUUGUGAUGAUAUAUGAGGGAUAUAAAGUCAAUGGAAUUUGCUACAACACAAAGCACCGUGAUGACACUAGAACGGUUCAAAAUAGUGGGGUUAUGUUCGUUGCAUCAACAAUGCAUGUGGCUAGUGCCAAAGACAAAAACCCGAUAAUUGCUGACAUGUCCUUCUAUGGUGUGAUUCAAGGAAUAUGGGAAGUCAGUUACAACACUUUUGGGGUCACACUGUUUAGAUGUGACUGGGUCGAUACGAAGAAUGGAGUACGAGUAGACGAUCUUGGAUUCACACUAGUUGACCUCAAUCGUAUAGGACACUAUUCAGAUUCAUUCAUAUUAGCAUCACAAGCAAGACAAGUGUUCUAUGUUAAAGAUCCCAGUGAUGAUAGAUGGUCCGUCGUUGUGAAGCCACAAGAAAAAGAUUUUGUUGAUAAUUGUUACAACGACGAGCUAGGCGAUACAUCCCUCCAUUGUCCGGCAAUUUUAGAAUGUCCAGCAGACAUAACUAGAGAAGAUGAAGAGAUCCCAUAUAUCAGGGUCGACUGUGAAGGCACUUGGGACACUUUUAAUUCCAAUCUGGAAGAUCUACUUGUAGUAUUCAAUAGUCCACUUGGCAGUUCUUAG